AUGCGAUCGCGAGUCGAAGUGAUACGCAGUGAUCGCCGGAUCGCCCACCCUAUCGCUACUUAUGCAUGGCUUGCCGCAGCAUUUGCGUGGCUGAUCGUUGCAUUUGCAUGGGUUACCGCGAUCGUGUCCCGCGUCCUCCCACUAUUUGCGCUGCAGGACGAGUCCGAGCUGGUGUAUCUCUCGGGGGACCGGGAGAAGUCGCUUCCUCUCUCCGCAGUCAGCACGAUCGCGUGGGGCCAGAAGACAGCCAUAUUCCACCGGCACCUGAGGCCCGACAAGGAGAACCAGUCCUUCUCCAUCAUCUUCUGCAACGGGGAACGAACCAUCGACGUCAUCUGCAAGGACACGGACGAGGCGGAGAUGUGGUUCGUGGGGCUUGGAGCGCUCGUGGAGAAGCAGCGCCGUACACAGUCGGAACGGUUGGGCAGGCAGGCGGUGGUGGUGGCGGAGAGAGGCACGCAAGACUGGUCACCCAACUCCUCGCCCUUCUUUUCUGUGGACCGUAAGCCCCAGGCAGGCGGGUCCGCGACUGCCAGUCCGCCGGACAGGCUGAGCCCAGACGUGGCCCCCAUGCCCGCGUCCAAGUCCGCUCAGGACAUUUCAACGUACCCAGCAGCAGAUGACCGCUCCAGUGAUGGUGAUGAUGCCUCAGACACCGCCUCUCUCAGUGGCUUCUCUGUGCUAUCUGUGAACCACGCGUCCGCCGCCAAUGCACAGUCGAUUCUGGGGGUGAAUAGUAACGGUGGUGGUGGGGCUGGAGGGGUUGGGAGCGGUGGGGGUGGUGGUGGGGUGGCCAGUGGUAGUGUGACUAUAGCGGGGGCGGCUGGGCCCGGGACGAGUUCUGUCCCUUCCACCACGUCCUCAUCUUCCUCCUCCUGGUGGGACAAAUCCUCUGCUUCCAGUAGAACGGAGUCUGGAGCUGUUGCGCAGGGUAAACCACCCUCGGGAAUGUGGGCCGAUGCUGCUGCAGUGACAAGUCACCCGAGCACAACCAGCAGCGCAGGGGAGGACGCGGGGGGAGAGUCUCUAGGAGAUCUGUUCAUGUGGGGGGAGGGGCUGGGGGAAGGCGCGCUCGGGGGAGGCGGGAUGAGAAAGAAGGGCGGGCAGAGGAUGGUGAUGGGGGCGGAAUACGACAGUGUGGCGCCGAAAGCGCUGGAAUCCGGGGUGGUGCUGGAUAUAUGCAGAGUGGCGUGCGCGGAGGAGCAUGCAGCGCUGGUGACGCGGCAGGGGGAGGUGCUGUGCUGGGGGGAGGAGUCCGGGGGGAGGCUGGGGCAGGGCGUGGAGAAGGACGUGGAGCAUCCGCAGCUGGUGGAGGCGCUGGGGGGCCUGCGCGUGGAUCAGGUGAGGAGUGGGGUGAGGCGUCUGGCAAGCGCACGUGAGAAUAAGGUUGCGUGCAAGAGAGGGCAAGGGCAGUCUGGACUUCACGUGUGCCCUCACGCGCUGGGGCGAUGUGUACAUAUGGGGGAACGGGCGCAGGUGCCAGGGGCUGCUGGGGUGGCGUGUGGCACGCACUUCACUUGCGCCCUCACGCGAGGGGGCGACGUGUACAUAUGGGGGGACGGGCGCAGGUGCCAGGGGCUGCUUGGAUCAGGGGGUUAUGGGGACAUGCCGCAGUGGGUGCCGCGCAGGUUGGGCGGCCCUCUGGACGGGGUGCAUGUGGUGCAGGUCGCAUGUGGGCCCUGGCAUGUGGCCGUGGUGGCGGGUGGAGGGGAGGUGUUCACGUUUGGCGACGGCACGUUUGGCGCUCUGGGCCAUGGCAACUGCGAGGUUGUCCCAGUGCCCAGGCAAGUGCAGGCGCUACAGGGCUACCGAACCCUCAGAGUUGCAUGCGGAGUGUGGCACACUGCAGCAGUAGUGGACACAUGCCCGUCAGGCGAUGGCAGUGGUGGGGGCAACAGCAGCAGCAGUGGCAUGGGGGGCUGUGGGCAGGUGUUCACAUGGGGUGAUGGGGACGGGUACAAGCUGGGCCAUGGGGACAAGCAGCAGCAGCUGCUACCAACUCUGGUCAACGCCCUGCGCCAGGAGAGCUGCUCUCAGGUGGCGUGCGGGGAGAGUGUGACAGUGGCGGUGACAGCAGAAGGGCAGGUGUACACGUGGGGCAGUGCGGAGUAUGGCCAGCUGGGGAACCCUCAAGCUGAUGGCAAGCUGCCAGCUAGAGUGGCCGGCCCAUUGCUGCAGAAGCAGGUGGAGCAGGUGGCGUGUGGGGCGCACCACGUGGCAGCACUCACCACCACAGCGCAUCUGUUCACGUGGGGCAGGGGCGCCAACGGGCGUCUGGGCCACGGGGACGUGAAGGAUAGGGACGUGCCCACCGCUGUCACUGCCCUCAAAGACAGACGCGUUCUGCUGGCCUCAUUAUGUGCUUUCGCCCUCGGCCCUGCUCUCUAUCCGACACUCCCCAUGACCAGGUCUCCUGUGGGGCGGCCAGCACAGCCGUGGUGUGUCAGCACAAGCCCUUCUCAGGCGCCGACAACUACCAGUGCAACCAGUGCCGCCAGCCCUUCACCUUCGCGCGCCCCCGCCACAGCUGCUACAACUGCGGCCAGCCCGUGUGCCACGCCUGUAGCAGCCGCAAGCUGCUCGGAGCAGCCAUGGCCCCAUCCUCCUCCCGCCCCUACCGAUUCUGUUUCUGCCUCCCUCCCCGCUCUCCCUGCUGCUACCCAUGCCCACUCCGCCUCUCCUCCCCUCCGCACCAGCGCUUCACCUCCCGCCAAACCUGACGACUCCCAUCUCCGAACCAGCCGGUCGCUCCGAACCUCGGUCCAAGCCCCGGGGAAGAGGUCAACCAGCCCAAUGCUCCGGCGGUCGAUGGGCACGAGCCCGCUUCGCCGAGCCUCCAGCCCGACCGCGGCUCAGAUAGCUUCGGCAGCCGCUGCAGCCAUGGCUGCUGCUAUGGCAGGGCGUAUGCCUGGGCCCACCCCUGCUUCCAUCGCAGCAGCAGCUGCGGCGGCAGGGCAGGUGGGACCAGGGGGCAUUGGAGGAGUGGGGGGGAUGGGGGCUGUGGGGGGCCUGGGAGGCGUUGUGGCGCUGCCUGGGGGGGGAGGGACGAGAGGAGGAUCGUCGGUUGGGAGGGUGGGCGGAGUGGAAGUUGCAGGAGCAGGAGGGGGUGGGGUGGAGGGAGGAGAAGGAGGAGGAUGGUCGGCCAUGACAAAAGCAUUGGAAGAAACAUCAGAGGCGGAGAGGGACACAGCCAUGGCGGGCAUGCGGCAUGCCAAGCAGAACGCAGAGAGGGAGGCAUACCGCCUGCAGGAUGAGGUGGAGGUGCUGCGGCAGCACUGCCAGCUGCUGGAGCAAGAGCGCAGGGCGACACUGGAGCUGGCCCAGAGGCAAGUCGAGGCAGCAGUGACAGCGGCCAGUGAAGCAGGAGCGAGGGUAGCAGGUGCACGCGACAUCAUCCAAGUGUUGUGCGCUCAGAUGCAGGAGCUGCUGCAGCAGGCGCCGUCCAUCCCAGUCAAGCAAGCCAGUCUGGCGAUCCGAGCCGUUGAUGACUCAGUGCUCUACACUGGUCCUCUGCUCCUGUCGUCGUCCGUGCUGCCCCCGUCCCUUGUUGAGCUGCCACCGCUGCCUGUUUCAGGGAGCGGUGGUGCCGCGCUUGCUGCUGCUCCUGCUCUUGCAACUGCUGCUCCUGGUGCUUCUGUGGGGAGUGUUGAGGGGUGUAGGGCGCAGCGUGAGGGAGGAGUGCCUUGGACCCCUACAGGGGCCUCGUCUGAUAAGAUAUCACCUCGUUCCAAGUGGAUUGGUGGGGGAAGAGCGACAGAGGGAGCAGCCGCAGCAAGAGCAGUGGGAGGGAGAGAGGCAGGCUCGUUUGCUGGUGUGGCAGGGGCGGGCGUGGCAAGGGGAGGCUCCAGUGUGGAUGUUAGCGCACGUGAGAGCGUGGGAGUGGGGGGGUCAGUCAGGGGAAGCUCACCCUUCGAGGCUCCAGCACGGUGGACAGAAGCAAGUGCGGAGAGGGGCAGCUCUGGCGCUCAGCUGGAUGGUCUCAGCCUGAGAAAUUCCCAGGGGGGUUAUCUUGGCAGCAGGGGUGGAGGGGCGAUGGGUGAGAGGCAGGAGCGGCGGACACUGCCUGUGUUUGAGGCGCCACGGGGCGAGAGCAGCGAGCAGCAGCAGCAGGAGAGCAAGAGUCGCAUGGUGCCGUCGCUGGUGCGGCUGCAUGAGUCGUGGACGCAUCUGCGGCAGCGGGAGACCACUCCUGAGCGCGUUCCUGUAGGUGUCUCUGUGGGAACUCUGCCUCCCAGUGCAGCUGUGCCUCCUCAUGUUCCUGGCCCGAGCAGCAGGAGGAGCCUGCCUGCUGUGCCUGGGCUCAGCAGCAGAAGCAGUGUGGGUGGGAUGAGAGGGAGUCUGGGCGGCGGGAGAGAGAGUUUGGUUCAGGAACGGAAUGGGCGGCCGAGUGAGAAUCUGAUUGGUAGAUUGGGAGGAAUGGCAGGGGAGAGGGACGUUGGUGGGGAAGGGAAGGCUGCGUUGGGUGAGGGUGAUGAGUCAGUUGACGGUGGUGGUGGCAGUGGUGUGAGGGAAGCAGGUUCUACUGACGAGACCAGGCAAGAGCUGAACUUUGGUUGUCAAGGAUGGGAAAACGAAAACGUGGAACCAAGUUUUAGGUAUGCAGCUUUGCAAGAGAACAUGGGGCAGGGUGAGCAAGGGAUUGAUGAGGAGGAGGGAGGGAGAUAUGGGAGUCAAGCAGAUGGCUUGCUGUCUGCAAACCCACACACCGAGCAGGAACUGCAUGGGAGACUGUUGAUCAAUGGCUUGGACAAGACUGGCAUGGCUGGUGCUGGUGGAGCUUCAAGCUCUGCUGAUGCUGCUACAGGGGCUUGUACAAGUGAGGAGCAUCCAGGCAUGUUGACAGAGGAGACAGUUCGGAUGCAUGGUUUGGAUGGCAUUGCUGAGUGUGAGGAGGAGGGUAGAGGGGCGGACUCUGGGGGUGGUGAUGACAGGGAUGGGUCACAGAGUGAAGCUGGGUCGACAAGUUCGAGUAGACGCGGGGAGGGCAAGGGAGGAAGCAGGAAGUCGACGCGCAAGCUGCACGAGAACGAGUGGGUGGAGCAGCCGGAGCAGGGGGUGUACAUCACGCUCUCUAAGCUGCCUGGCGCACAAGGCGAGGCGGCUAGCGCGGACAUGGCCGCCGUUCGCGACGCACGGGAGAAGCUCCCGCAACUCCUCAAUCAUCUCGGCGUCACCCCGCGUGACACCUUCAACCUGGACGAGACCGCGCUGUGGCUCUCCGUGCUCCCUCGGCGCACGUACAGCAACGGCCGCAUACCAGGCCGCAAAGUUUCGAAGGACCGCCUGACCGUCGCAUUCCUCGUGAAUGCUGACGGAAGCCACAUGUUCCGCCCGCUCGUGAUCAGUAAGGCGAAGCGGCCCCACGACUUCCGCCCGGACUAUGACCCCGAAGCCCUCUGCUACUGGCAGCAUAACGCGAAAGGCUGGAUGACGUCGCCGUUAUUCACUCAUUUCAUAUCGCAGCUGAAUUCUGCGAUGUACGCGGAAGGUCGCAAGGUCGUGGUGCUGCUCGACAACGCUAGCAGCCACAUGCUCAGGAGUGAGCACGCAUGGAGCGAGGUCGUCUGCGGCAUGAGGACGACCUGCAUGAGCAACGUGCGGCUCGUCUUCCUGCCGCCGAACACCACCUCAUUCACACAGCCGCUCGACCAGGGCAUCAUCGCCACCGCCAAGGCCCGCUACCGCCAGCACUGGUUGCGGGCCUUUUCGGCUUUGUGGAACGCCGACGGCGCGACAAGCGCCGUCGCGCGGUACCGCCCGAACCUGCGUGACGUAGUGGGAUGGUUGUCGGACGCGUGGACAUCCGUCGGUGUGCGCACCAUCCAACGGUGCUGGUGGCGCACGGGGUGUCUUCCGCUCUCGUGGUCACUGGAGCUGCCACACGUCCACGACGACGAGCCGGUCCCUCCCGCCUAUCCCGACAUCGAGAUCGACGACGACAUCGACGAUGCCGUCUACGACGACGCCGACCCCGUGGGCUGCGAAGCGCGGCGCACAGCCCGGGCGGCAUGCGAGAUGCUCAUCGGAUAUGCUCGGGCCACCCGCAUCACGCCACGCGAUCUGUGCCAUCUCUUUGAUAUCCGCAACCCCGUCAUUAUCGCGCGGAUGGAGCGGGCGAGCCCGUCAUUCAACCUCAACGUGGCCCCUCAACCCGUCCCCACCCCCGGCGCAACUCCCACGCCCGAGACCCCUCGCCCGCGCGGCCGUGUGCUGCCUGGCUGGAUGACCCAGCCGUCCCGCCGUCAGCAGCUGCUUGACGCCGGUGUGGGCGCCGUGAUGGACGGCUAUGUGGACGCGGCUGAGUGGAUGCGUCUGUGA